UCUUCUAUUCUUUAUAGCUAUUUACUUGCGCGUUCGGUCUCCCUCUUUUCUCUCUCUCGGAGGCUGUACGGACGGCGAAUUGGAGCAGUUGACGAUGAAGAUUUUCGUGAAGACUUUGAAGGGCACUCACUUUGAAAUCGAAGUGAAGCCUGAAGACUCGGUUGCUGAUGUGAAGAAGAGUAUAGAAAGUGUUCAAGGUGCGGAUGUUUAUCCUGCCGCACAACAGAUGCUUAUCCAUCAAGGAAAGGUUCUUAAAGAUGGCACCACCUUGGAUGAAAACAAAGUUGCUGAAAAUAGUUUUGUUGUGAUCAUGUUAACAAAGAAUAAGAGCUCAUCUGGUGAGGCUUCUACCACAUCAACUGCUGCUGCAAGCAAGACCCCACAAACAAGUGCCCCGCCUCCUACAACCCCAGCAUCAACGGCACCUCAAGCUCCUGUAGUAACCUCGGAAUUGCCUGUGACUGUCAGUGCCCCUGCCCCAGCCCCAGCCCCAGCCCCUGCUACUAUCUCUUCUACCACUGCUGCCAGGUCUGAGGGUGAUGUUUAUGGCCAAGCAGCGUCUAAUCUGCUUGCUGGAAACAACUUAGAGGGAGCAAUUCAGCAAAUUCUGGAUAUGGGAGGAGGGACUUGGGAUAGGGAUAUUGUUGUUCGUGCACUUCGUGCUGCUUUCAACAACCCAGAGAGAGCUGUUGAAUAUUUAUAUUCGGGUAUCCCUGAGCAAGCUGAAGUUCCUCCAGUGGCCCGAGUCCCUGCAAGUGGGUCACCUGCAAAUGCUCCAGCCCAACCUCCGCAACCUGCACAACCAGCAGCUGUUCCUUCAAGUGGACCAAAUGCUAAUCCUUUAGAUCUCUUUCCCCAGGGCCUUCCCAACAUGGGCUCAGGUGCUGCUGCUGGUGCAAGUACCCUUGAUUUUUUGCGCAAUAGUCAGCAGUUUCAAGCCUUGCGAGCAGUGGUUCAGGCUAAUCCGCAAAUAUUGCAGCCUAUGCUUCAAGAGCUUGGGAAACAAAAUCCCAACCUUCUGAGGUUAAUUCAAGAGCAUCAGGCUGACUUCCUUCGCCUGAUUAAUGAACCUAUUGAAGGUGGAGAAGGGAAUGCACUGGGGCAGCUGACAGCAGGAAUGCCGCAGGCUAUCACAGUCACCCCUGAGGAGCGUGAAGCCAUAGAACGACUUGAAGCAAUGGGCUUCGAUCGAGCAACCGUAUUGGAGGUGUUUUUCGCCUGUAACAAGAAUGAGGAGCUGGCUGCCAAUUACCUUCUUGAUCACAUGCAUGAGUUCGAGGAUUGAUAUAACAAAAUAUCUGUGGUCUAUUUUCUUCUUGCUGCUACCCCCAACAUCCAUUCAACAAAAAAAAUAUAUAACAAGUCUUCUGUUUUCAGUGACUUCUUUCUUAAAUGCAUCUUCUUCACCUUCAACCCUUCAGUCUGGAGUUUAUAUGAUGUGUGCGUGUCUGGAGUGGACAAAGGAAUGUUUAGGUGUAUUUGCUUUCCGGAUAACCCUGGUUUCUCCCUUGUUAGGAUUCAUUAAGAUUUUAUUAUACAUAGUUGCUUGCCUGGGUA